AUGGAGUAAAAGCUGAUUUAGUUCAGAGACUGAAGUCUUAUUCAAAUACAUUAGCAUCAAGAACAAGAAAUUCAAACUCACCAAAUAUUAGAGAGGAGGAAGGUUACGUAGACGAUAUGAACUCAGAUGUAGAACAACAUGUGACUGGCAUAAAAACAAGGAAUGAGAGUGUGGAGAUAAAGGCCCUGAGAGAUCUUCCUGCAAGUUCAGUAAUAAGACAAGAGUUGAAUAAUCAACCAUAUAGAGACACUAUAAGAACAAAAAAGCAACAAUUACCUGAAGACAUGAAUGAUAACCAUUCAGAUUCUCUACAGAAAUUGGUAUUAGCAAAAUUUGAAAACCUAGAAAAUGUGAUAGCAGAUUUCGAUUAUAAGUUAAACACAGUAGUGGCCCAA